UGACUUAUUUUGAAUGAACAGCAACAAAGUCCCAUUUGUCUUACGUUGUAUUUAGGUGACUGGGAUCAGGGGAAGAGUUGAAUGGUUUGUAGGAUCUGCCAGUGUCUGUCUCAUGGUCCUCUGUACUGCUGGGCUAUCCUUAGUCUCCCUUCCUCAGAAGAUUUUGCCUUUAUGUGACAUGAGGCACAGGAACAAGAUGCAUUUCUUCAGGAGCUACUCCUAUGAGAUCCAAGUGGACCAGAAAUCAGAGGACAUUGCCAGUAGCAUCCAGGGCAUCCGAUGGACUCCACUUACUGACACCGAAUCUCCGGAGGAGUACAGCCAAACAGUGAAGCAGGUGGUGUCGCAUAAAAUCUGGAGGGCAGCGAAGGUUUUACAAAUUUACCUGCUUAGCAUAUCACCAACUCUGAUGCGUGACAGAAAGCACCACUUUCGCAAUCACAGGCAAUGCUGCUCUGGAAAGGAGUUGGUGGACUGGCUGAUUGCCAUCGGCUCUGGCCUCCAGUCACGUACCCAGGCUGUGGGCAUAUGGCAGGUGCUGCUAGAUGAAGGGGCCCUUGUGCAUGUGAGACAAGAACAGAAUUUCCAAGACAAAGAUUCCCAGUUUUACAGAUUCUUCAAAGUGCAUCAUAACCUAGAGCCAGCACUAGGUGACCGAGAUACAGAUGAUGAACUUCAGGAGUCUCUAGUGUUCCUGGCACAAUUAGGGCCGGCAGCAUUACUUACUAUGAUUCUUCGAAAACCCCCAUGUCAGCGUACAGAAGAAGAGCUGGAGGUCAUCUUUGAAGAGCUUUUACAUAUUAAAGCAGUCUCUCACCUUUCCAACUCGGUAAAAAAAGAAUUAGCAUCCGUGUUAGUAUUUGAAUCUCAUGCCAAAGCAGGAACAGUGUUAUUUAGCCAAGGUGAUAAAGGUACUUCAUGGUACAUAAUCUGGAAGGGAUCAGUGAAUGUGGUAACUCAUGGCAAGGGUUUGGUUACCACGCUUCAUGAAGGAGAUGACUUUGGACAGCUAGCUUUAGUGAAUGAUGCUCCAAGGGCUGCUACCAUUGUUUCUCGAGAAGACAACUGUCACUUUCUGAGAGUGGAUAAGCAUGACUUCAAUUGCAUACUUCGGGAUGUUGAGGCUAACACCGUCCGUCUAAAGGAACAUGGCAAGGUGGUGUUGGUGCUGGAAAAAAAUCUGCAGUCAUCUGGAAACAAUUUGCAAACAGCAGUACCCAGCAGUCACAAGUACACAGUUAUGUCUGGUACAGCUGACAAAAUUCUGGAACAUUUGCUGGAGACUAUGAGGCUGGAUUCAACACUCAAUAAUCCUGAAGACUCCUUUGCUGGCGAUUUCCUCUUGACUCACAGCAUAUUCAUGCCAACAACUCAGUUUUGCCAAGCAAUGCUCCAUCAAUUUAUUGUGGAGCCAUCCGAAGUGAAUGAGCCUGAGAAGGCCACAUACUCCUUUCACAAGAGGCAGAACAUUGUAGGACUCGUCAACCUGUGGGUAGAACUUUAUGGCCAUUUACUGGAAGCUGAGCCAAGUGCUAAAAGCUUUCUGGAGAAACUCUCAGACUACAUCAGUAGAGACUCUCGUUUACUUGCCUGCUUGAAAGAAAAUCUCCAGGAGAGGCGGAAAAACAGAACACUGGAGACCAGCAAUGGAAACGUCUCUCCUCAAAUAAAGAUUUACAACUAUGGGAACCUUCUUUCCAGUGUAGAUGAAGACCAACCCUGUAACUCGUAUACUAUUCGAGUCCAAGACAAAGUGCCGUAUGACAUAUAUCUACCAGAUCAUUCUUGUGUGUCCAAUAUGUUUGCUGUAAAUGCAACUGUACAAGAAGUGCUAUCAACCCUUGCCACAAAGACUGGCCGUAGUAGAGAUCAAGUCCUGGUGAAAGUCAACUCAAUGGGAGAACAAGUUUGUCUAAAACAUGAGGACACAGGUGUAUUCACAUCCCUGGCACUGAACGAGAGGCUCUUCGUCUGUAGUGUUCAAGAAUUGACCGCGCUGACUCCUCUUCCUGAGCAAAUGGGCCCAAAUAGCAGUAGCUAUGAUAUGUUGGAUCUCAUCAGCUCAAAAGACCUGGCUCAUCAGAUGACAGAACAUGACUGGAACCUGUUUAAGAGCAUUCACCAGGUGGAGCCGCUGUUUCAUACAUGUGGGAAGCAAAGGUUCCGGAACUCAACAACUGCUAAUCUGGAGAGGUUUAUAAGGCGGUUUAAUGAAGUCCAGUUCUGGGUGGCAACUGAAGUGUGUCUGUGCCAAGAUGAAGAAAGGAGGGCACUGCUCCUGCGCAAGUUCAUCAAGCUGGCAACAUACCUCAAGGAGCAGAAAAAUCUGAACUCUUUCUUUGCCGUCAUGUUUGGUCUAAGUAACACAGCGGUCAGCCGCUUGUCCAAGACAUGGCAGCGGCUGCCACACAAAACACGGAAGUUGUACUCAAUCUUUGAAAGGUUGAUGGAUCCUUCCUGGAAUCACAGAUCAUAUCGAUUGGCUGUGGCCAAACUUAGUCCACCUCUCAUUCCAUUCCUUCCACUUAUUUUAAAAGGUAGGUUACCACCAUUUAUAGAUGAGGGUAAUAGAAGUACACUGGACAACCUUGUAAACUUUGAGAAAAUGCGCAUGAUUGCAAAGACCAUACGGAUGUUUCACAAUUAUCGCAGCCAGAGCUACAUCCCUCUGUCACCACUUCGAUCUCGGCCUCUCCAUAUCCUUGAGGAUGCUACUGCAGUCCGUCUUUCUACGUGUUCGGAGUAUUCAGUGAACUUUAGAAGUCCAGCAUCAACAUGGGCCUAUAUCCAACACAUGAAGGUCAUUGACAAUCAGAGGAAGUUGUUGGAGAUGUCUCGCAGCCUUGAACCAUCCUGAAAUAUGGAAAGUGCUUUGUGGAGUCUGUAGAAAUGCAGCUGGAUACAGGCAUCCUCCAGUCAGUUCAUUGUAAUCCCUGUAUCAGGGGCUCAGGACCUUGGUGGUUCAUAGCCAGUCCAACAUUUGGACUCAUCCCCUUUUGGAACAAGUAUACCGGGUAAUAUCAAUAUCUAAGCAUAUGCUCAAGCCUACCUUCCAGUGACGGACGUUACAAGUUUACCAGCAUUGUGAUUGAACAUUCACGUUACUGUGGGAUCUAUACUGUAAGACUUAUUAUUGGACGGCUUCCUGACUCGUGUAAAGUGCUUUGUAGUGUCCAUCAUUAAUAUAUAGACAAAAUUAUUCUGUCAUCUAAUACUGUGCCAAAGGACAUCAUGGAGCAAUAUUGAAAAAACU